AUGUCCACGCCAUCCACGGCCACUGCAACCCAUACUACCCACCAGCAUUACGGAUAUCCUCAUUCCUCGUACCAGACGACGACCUCUUAUCCGGCCUCGACAACCUCCGCGGCGGCUCGCCUCCCCAAUCCCUACGCCUACUCCGUCCCUUCGCCCACAACCACCACUCUUCCUUACACCCAAUCCUCGAGACUCGCUCCGGCGACGUCGACACCCUCGGGUAUGGCGUCUCACCAGAGUGGCUCUAGUGCGGCCCCUUCGCAAGGGGGUCGGAGGAAGAAGCCCGACUGGGGCGAAUUCUACAAGAAUGGGAUCCCCAAGGAGGUCAUCCCCAGCCCCAGAGGCAUCCAAAGCUCUUCCCGCGCCUCCUGCUCAUGCAUCCGCCGCUGCUACUCAGCCCCCGUGCCUCAGCCAGCCGGGAAGCGACGACGGACGGGACUCGAAACGGCCUACGAUCUGAGCUACUACGACCGGCCGACCUUCUCCACCAAUCCUCAGCAAUAUGGGGAGAACUCAUCGCACUCGUUGUCGACCGACCGAACCACCUCCUUGCAUACCACCGCCCCGACAUCACUGGGCUCGCAAGGUAGCUCGGGCGUUAGCAGCGGUAUUUACAGCGAAGACGCCACCGUAGGCCAAAAGCGCAAGCGGACCACCCGGAAAUCCGCUCGCGAUGAGCAGAAACGUCGGGAAGAGGAGACUGUGGGAGACGCGUUCCUCAGCUACGUUCCUCCGCCAAAGCCACCAAUCAAGGCCAAGGAUGUUCCCGUGCCUGUAGUCCGCGAUUUCACGAGUACACGCCACGAGAAGUUCGACGAUGACGACGGUCACUAUAUCGUGACCCCGGACACUCCAUUGACAGAUCGAUACUCUGUCAUCAAACUCCUGGGCCAGGGUACCUUCGGUAAGGUCGUCGAAGCGUACGACAAACAGCGGAAAGCGCGCUGUGCCGUCAAAAUCAUUCGCUCCAUCCAAAAAUACCGUGACGCCUCCCGGAUUGAACUGCGCGUGCUCUCGACUCUGGCCUCGAACGACAAAGCCAACCGCAACAAAUGCAUCCACCUGCGGGACUGCUUUGAUUUCCGGAACCAUAUAUGCAUCGUCACGGAUUUGCUGGGCCAGAGUGUGUUUGAUUUCCUCAAGGGCAACGGCUUUGUUCCCUUCCCGAGCAGCCAGAUCCAGCAAUUUGCUCGUCAGCUAUUUACCAGCGUUGCCUUCCUCCACGACCUCAACCUCAUCCACACCGAUCUGAAACCCGAAAACAUCCUCCUUGUCAGCAACGCUUACCAGACCUUUACUUAUAACCGCACCAUCCCCUCCUCCUCUCACGCGAACCCGCGAAAUGCCCGCCAACGACGAGUCCUUCUCGACGGCGAGAUCCGGCUCAUCGACUUUGGCUCUGCCACCUUCGACGACGAAUACCACUCCUCCGUUGUCUCCACACGACACUACCGGGCCCCUGAAAUCAUACUUAACCUGGGCUGGAGUUUCCCAUGUGACAUCUGGAGUAUCGGGUGCAUCCUAGUGGAGUUCUUUACUGGUGAUGCACUUUUCCAGACCCAUGACAACCUUGAACACCUGGCAAUGAUGGAGGCAGUGAUCGGAGGCCGGAUCGACUCGAAGUUGGUCCGGCAGGUAGUGCAGGGGCGAGCUGGAAGUCAUAACUCGGCUGCAAAGUAUUUCAACCGGAACAAGCUGGACUAUCCGAAUGCUGAGACGACUCGCGCUUCGCGAAAGUAUGUCCGCGCCAUGAAACCAUUGACCGAAUUCAUUCCCAUGAACACUCCCUUCAACCGCAGCUUCCUGGAUCUGCUGCAGAAGAUAUUUGUCUACGACCCGAAACAGCGCAUCACUGCGAAGCAGGCAUUGAAGCAUCCUUGGUUCAAGGAAAGCCUCAUUGACGACGGCACCGAAGCGUUCCGCAUCGGCGCCGGACUGCACCGCCAAGGACGUGGCUAG